CUCUUACUCUCCGGAAGUGACAAAUUGAGUAGUCGUCCUUGACAUUGUGGUAACCUUGACCCUUCUACAAGUUUGACAGCAAGCAGUGCUGAUUCCUGAUUGACAUUUUUACCGGGUUUCUUUCAUUUAAGUGUAAAAGAGCCAACAGAAAAGGUCAUCAUGCCUAUCUUCCCUCAGUACUUGACUCCGGAGCAGGAAGAUGAACUCCGUAAGAUUGCCAAUGCCAUUACGGCUCCCGGCAAGGGAAUCUUAGCUGCUGAUGAGUCUACAGGAUCCAUGGGUAAACGCCUGGGACCAAUUGGUGUAGAGAACACAGAAGAAAACAGAAGACGUUACCGUGAAGUUUUGUUCUCCUCACCUGAUGCUCUGGCGGAGAAUGUCAGCGGUGUCAUCAUGUUCCACGAGACCUUCUACCAGAAAAACAAAGAUGGUGUUCCAUUCGUGAAGGUCCUCCAGCAGAAAGGCAUGAUUCCCGGCAUCAAGGUCGACAAAGGAGUUGUGCCCCUUGCUGGCAGUGAUGAUGAAUGUACAACACAAGGUCUGGAUGGUUUGUCUGAGCGGUGUGCCCAGUACAAGAAGGAUGGUGCCCAGUUUGCCAAAUGGCGGUGUGUGCUGAAGAUUGGUUCCCACAACCCAUCAUACCAGGCCAUGAUUGAGAACGCAAACGUCCUUGCACGAUAUGCUUCCAUCUGUCAACAGAAUGGCUUGGUACCCAUAGUGGAGCCAGAGGUUCUCCCUGAUGGCACGCAUGACCUGUACACCGCACAGAAAGUCACUGAACAGGUGCUGGCGUUCCAGUACAAGGCCCUGGCUGACCACCAUGUGUUUCUGGAGGGUACAUUGCUGAAGCCCAACAUGGUGACGGCUGGUCAGUCAUGCACCACAAAGUACACUGCCCAGGACAUUGCAAAGGCGACCGUCACUGCUCUCAGCCGCACCGUACCACCUGCUGUGGCAGGUGUCACAUUCCUGUCUGGUGGACAGUCAGAGGAGGAUGCCUCUAUCAACCUGAGCGCUAUCAACGCAUUCCCUGGCCGCAAGCCCUGGGCCCUCACCUUCUCAUACGGACGUGCCCUCCAGGCCUCUGUUCUCAAGGCCUGGCAAGGCAAGGAUGAUAAUGUCAAAACUGCACAGAAUGAGCUGUUGAUGAGGGCUAAGGCCAACGGUCUUGCUGCAAUGGGACAAUACAAGGGUGACAUCCAGAGUGCAGCUGCUGGACAGUCGCUGUUUGUGGAGAAGCACGCCUACUAGAUAAACUCUAACCCUCCCACUGUGCUUAGUGAACAAUCUUAUAAAUACAGACAUUUUUAAUCUAAUUUAUUAUCAAUUAUUCAACUCGUUAUUUCUAAUUUUUACUCUCAAUAAAUGUUAAGAACACUGAUAUUCUUUUUAGUAUUAUAUUAAAUAUUUUGAUAAAUUGUUGAAUAUAAUAUACACAUUUUAUUUAUAUCUUUGGAUUCUGUUAUUAAACUGUCUCUAAUGAGGGAUAGGCACUAGAUCUAAAUUUGAUAUUGUGAAAUUGUUAUUAUUAUACUAGUAUGUUGUUGAUGUUGCACAAAAUGAAGUGAUUACUUAAACAUCUUUUUUUGUUACUUUUUGAGAUUGCUUUUGUAUGUGAUCCACAAGACUCGCAUUCUGUAUAUUUAGUUAAUUUGGUGCUUUAAACCAGCAUAUUUAAGAACUGUCUGGCCAUUAAUGCGUGUGUUUAUGUAAUAAGGGCUCUCAUUUCAUCAGUAUAACUAUUGUGUUAUAUACAUAUUGCUUUCUACAGGUAAUUUACUAGUACACAAGGACCCCUAAACUCUCUCUUUUUUAAUCCCAAAUGCUCUUUGUUAGUGCUGUUCUAUUUAUGAAUCUCAGUUGUAGUUUACUUGAAGAUGUAGUCUACUUGAAUGCAAUUUGAGUAAUUAGCCUUCGUAUCUGUCACAUUAUUGAUUGUAGAGAGCUGUUUUAGACUUGUCUGAGUUUUUCCCUUGAUGUUAUUGAAAUAAAAGUAAACACACAA